GACGCGAGGGCCCCUCCGGCCUGGCCCCCAGGCCUGCGGGCACCGCCAAGAUGGCAGACCUGGAGGCGGUGUUGGCGGACGUCAGCUACCUCAUGGCCAUGGAGAAGAGCCGGAGCUCCCCGGCGGCCCGGGCCAGCAAGAAGAUCGUCCUCCCGGAGCCCAGCAUCCGCAGCGUGAUGCACAAGUAUCUGGAGGAGAGAGGAGAACUGACCUUUGACAAGGUUUUCAGUCAGAAGAUUGGAUUCCUCUUGUUCAGAGACUUCUGCCAGACCGACAUCGAGGAUGGCGUUCCGCAGCUGAAGUUCUACGAAGAGAUAAAAGAAUACGAGGAGCUUGACUCCGAGGAGGAGCGUCUCAUCAGGAGCCGGCAAAUCUACGACGCCUACAUCAUGAGGGAGCUGCUGUCUUGCUCGCACCCGUUUUCAAAACAAGCCAUCAGCCAUGUCCAGUCCCGCCUCGCCAAGAAGCAGGUCCCGGCCAACCUUUUCCAGCCCUACAUAGAAGAAAUCUGUGAUAGCCUGCGAGGAAGCAUCUUCCAAAUGUUUCUGGAAAGUGAUAAGUUUACAAGAUUUUGCCAGUGGAAAAAUGUAGAGCUGAAUAUUCAUCUGACCAUGAAUGACUUCAGCGUCCAUCGGAUCAUUGGGAGAGGGGGCUUUGGAGAGGUCUACGGCUGCCGCAAAGCAGACACGGGGAAAAUGUAUGCAAUGAAAUGUUUGGACAAGAAGAGGAUCAAGAUGAAACAAGGGGAAACGUUGGCCUUGAACGAGCGGAUCAUGCUCUCCCUUGUCAGCACUGGGGACUGUCCCUUCAUCGUGUGCAUGACAUAUGCCUUCCACACGCCUGACAAGCUGUGCUUCAUUCUGGACUUGAUGAAUGGUGGAGAUCUGCACUACCACCUCUCCCAGCAUGGGGUGUUUUUGGAGAAGGAGAUGCGCUUCUAUGCUACCGAGAUCAUCCUUGGUCUCGAGCACAUGCACAGCCGCUUCGUGGUCUACCGAGACUUGAAGCCAGCAAAUAUUCUUCUGGACGAACAUGGUCACGUGAGGAUAUCUGACCUGGGUCUGGCGUGCGAUUUCUCCAAAAAGAAGCCCCACGCCAGCGUUGGAACUCAUGGCUACAUGGCUCCAGAGGUGCUGCAGAAGGGGACGGCGUACGACAGCACUGCCGACUGGUUUUCCCUAGGGUGCAUGCUCUUCAAGCUCCUCAGAGGGCACAGCCCUUUCCGGCAGCACAAGACCAAAGACAAGCACGAGAUCGACCGCCUGACGCUCACCGUGAAUGUGGAAUUGCCGGAUUCCUUUUCUUCCGAACUCAAGUCUGUCUUGGAGGGGCUUCUCCAGCGAGACGUCACCAAGAGGCUUGGCUGCCAAGGUGGUGGUGCCCAGGAAGUCAAAGUGCACCCUUUCUUCCAAGGGAUCGAUUGGCAGCAUGUUUACCUGCAAAAGUACUCCCCACCUCUGAUUCCCCCGAGGGGAGAAGUGAACGCGGCAGAUGCUUUUGACAUCGGCUCCUUCGAUGAAGAAGACACCAAGGGCAUUAAGCUGCUGGAGAGCGACCAAGAGCUGUACAAGAACUUUCCCCUGGUGAUUUCUGAGCGCUGGCAGCAGGAGGUGGCUGAGACGGUCCAUGAGGCGGUGAAUGCUGACACAGACAAAGCGGAGAUGCGGAAGCGGGCGAAGAACAAGCAGCUGGGCCACGAAGAGGAUUACGCCCUGGGCAAGGACUGCAUCGUGCACGGCCACAUGCUGAAGCUGGGGAACCCCUUCCUGACGCAGUGGCAGCGGCGCUACUUUUACCUCUUCCCGAACCGGCUGGAGUGGCGAGGGGAGGGGGACUCCCGGCAGAAUCUGCUGACGAUGGAGCAGAUUCUCUCCGUGGAGGAAACGCAGAUCAGGGACAAACGGUGCAUCUUGCUCAGGAUCAAAGGCGGGAAGCAGUUCGUCCUCCAGUGUGAGAGCGACCCCGAGUUGGUGCAGUGGAAGAAGGAGCUGACGGAGGCGCUCAUGGAGGCCCAGAAGCUGCUGCGGAGGGCCCCCAAGCUCCUGAAUAAGUCCUGUUCCGCGGGGGUGGAGCUCAGCAAGCCCCCCCUGAGCCACAGGAACAGCAACGGCCUGUAGCGGCUUGUGGGAAGGAGACCAGCUGGCGGGCCUUGGUCACCCUGUGGCCCAGCUGUCCCCUCUUCUGGGCGAAGGGCAGAGCCCGGGGCAGUGCUGGGCAGGGAGGAGUGGAAGGGGCACUCGCCCACCAGGCGACGCAACCCAGAGGGAAAAGCUGCAGCACAGCCUGGAGGAGCCGAGCCAUCUGGCCCUGCCAUCGGAGGUGGCGACCGCCUGCUGAGAUUUGGGGCCCAGGACAGGGAUGGCGCUCUGGACCUUCGGGGCACGGUGAUUCUUCCCCGGCUGGGUCCACCUGCCGCAGAAGAGGCCUGGGCCCCAGGCCCCACUGGGGUGUUCUCUUCACACGCUCUGAGCAACUGAACCUGACAUGUUUCGUGUGGCUUCCAGUUUUGUGCUGCUGCUACUGCUGCUUUUUAGGCAAAAGUGACUCUGGACUCUCGCCUCGUCUCCCACCCAUCUUGCCAGCCUCUGCCGCGGGUUCUGCUCCUUUGAUCUGUGGCUGGACUGGUGCAAGUAGAAGCUUUGCUGGGGAGAAAUGAGUGAUUGUGCACUUUUUUGUGUGUCUGUCUGUCUGUCUGUCUUCCUCUUCUUACACAAGUGGUGCCACGGGAGAGGCACACGAGCACUCUCAUGACUGUUCGCCGUCUCCAGUGGUUUAGUGGCACUUUAAGAACACGUCCUAG